UUGUGAAUGAAAUUAUAGCAUUCGUUCCAACAACAAUAAAAGAAAUAGAUAUUCAAUUUAUAGACAUAUUUUUUGGGAUUGGUUUUAAGUGAAUUGUCGCGAAUUGUCGUUUCGGUGUGGUUUUUUUGUUAAAUGUGUGUGCAUUUGGAUUUGAUGCUCUUGCAACCAUAGAAAAGAAAAACAUUUAUUAAGUACACAACCAAUGCAUGGCACGUCAUACAAUUUAUUUAGUAUUGAAACUGAAUUUAAUCGAUUUGUUAUACACUUGAUAAUAUUGAUCAAUUAGAUUGCGUGAUUCAAUCGAACAAAGUGAAAUAUUUGCCGAAAAACUUAUGCAAAAAGUCGUGUUACAUUUAGUAUGCAUCGGAAAGUGGCACGUUGAUUGAAAGAUUGACGCCAAUAGUUGGAAUUUGAAAAAAAAAAAUCGGGAGAAUAAGAAAGAAAAAACUUUGUAGAACUAACGAAAAUCGAAAUCUUAUAAACUCAACGAACACAAGAAAAUAAUCUUACGAUGGCCUUCGCAGCAGCGCGUAUGAUAUUAAAAGAUAAACGACGAAAGUCAAAAGAGGAUUUUGUGCCACCACCACCGAGGACUCGCAGCAAGGCACGAAGUGUAAGCACUAGUAGUUUCAGGAGUGAAAUUCAGGCUCGCAAUAAGCCAGCCGACGGAAGUAGUCACAUCAAGCAACAGCAUGGACAACAUCCGCAACGUGAACGAACACCGAGCGGUCAACGUUCCGUUGGACAUGGACAUGGUCACCAUAAAGGUUCAGCAACAACGCCAACAUCGAAUAAACCACCAUUCACAUCGAAAAGUUCAUCACAAUCGUUGAAUGGCAAACUAUCGACAAAUCCGUCGGUUAGGCCAGUAACAACGACAACAGCACCAACACGACCCGGGCAAAAGCAAAAGAAGAAGAAGCAAAUCUACGAUGUCAAUGUGACAAUCGACUUGACCGAAUAUGGCCUAACCGAGGAACAAGUUGCAGAAUUCAAGGAGGCAUUUAUGUUGUUUGAUAAGGACGAGGACGGCACAAUCACCAUGGCUGAAUUGGGUGUAGUUAUGCGCUCAUUGGGACAACGACCGAGCGAAAAUGAACUCCGUAACAUGGUGAAUGAGGUUGACAUUAAUGGAAAUGGAACAAUUGAAUUCAAUGAGUUCUUGUUAAUGAUGUCGAAAAAGAUGAAAGUAGCUGAAGGCGAAGAUGAGCUAAAGGAAGCAUUCAGAGUAUUUGAUAAGAACAAUGAUGGCCUCAUUAGUUCGACUGAAUUACGCCAUGUAAUGACGAAUCUUGGCGAACGUUUGUCAGACGAAGAAGUUGACGAUAUGAUCAAGGAAGCCGAUUCAGAUGGCGAUGGCAUGGUCAAUUAUGAAGAAUUUGUUAUGAUUUUAACUGCCAAGAAAUAGUUAAAGCUCGACAACAAAAAAAGCAAUGGCUCAUCCACAACCGUUCACAAAAAUCAUAAAAAAAACUAAAUAAAAAAAUACAGUAUAUAUAUUUUCGUCAUUUCAUAGAAUGAUAGAUGCGGUAGAGAUUUUGUCUUGAUUUCAGUUUUUUUUUUCUAUCUAAUCCGCUUUAGCAGCAAAAGUACUCGGCGCAACUACACAAAAUAUAUAUAUAUAUGAAAACAGUUGAUUUCCUUCGGGAAUUAUUUCUAUAUAACAUAAGUUUAUUGAUUUACCAUUUCGAUUUCAACAUUUACGAAAGCGGAAUAAAGUGGAGAACGAGCAGAUUAGAUACUAGAGAAAGCAAAAUAAAAAAUAAAAAUAAAAAAUAAAUGGAAAAUGUAAGAAAACAAAUGCAGUAAAUUGUUCACUUUGAACAUUUAGAAAGAAGAGCUUAUCGCUCUGCAGUUGAAAGAAGUAGUAUAUGCGAAAAAUGUGGUUUUCACAUCACUUUGAACCAGAUAACAUGCUAUUUAUAGACAUAUUUUGUUGCAGCAGUUAAUAUCUGUGUAAUGUGUAUCAGUGUUGAAUGUAUAUGACAGCUAAUGGAAAGACGAUAUGGUAAGAAAAAUGCAAAAUUCAAAUCAAUGAAUUAUGCUUCCAUAAAUAAUCAAAAUACUUAUAACUUAAUGUACGUACAUUACAAAAUAACUGACAUCAUGAAUGAAAAAUCAUUCACCAACACACAUUCACACAGACACCCACACACAAUGACAGAGCCAACAGACAGCUAUUGUAUUGCCAUAAUGGCAAUGCCAUUUAAUGGUAUUUUAAGUAUCUACUUUAAGGUCUAACUUAAAUAAUUGACCAAAUGGAAUCAUAAUUAGACUAUUUGCGCACACUAUUUGCAUUUGUGAACAAAAUAAAACUAAUUGAAUACUACUUUUACAACACCCACUUUUACAUUCUUUCAUUCAUUCACUGACACUACGUCACAAAACCAUUGAAAAACAACAAAUACGCAAAGAAUUGAUUAUAUUUUUAUUAUCUAAAUCAAUAAACUUCCACAAAGGAAUUAAAUUGAAUUUUAACUAUGCUUCCACAGCUCAUGUCAAAGCGACUGUGUAAUGUAUGCAACAGUAGUGCAUACACAAUAACAGCUAGGUAAACCACAAAAGCAUCACCACAUUUAUUUAUUUCCAUUUGAACUACAUUUUCUUAUUAGGUUCCUUUUUUCAUUGCAACUUAUAUUUACCAAGUCAAUAGCUUACAAAUGCUUGUCAAUAAAUAAUGAAUACAGAAUACCCUCCAACAUUUUAAUUGUUGACAUUAGUAGUCAAUUGGCUACUUUUUUUCAUAUGCGUGUGUGAAAACUAGUUUUGCAUUAUCUCUCUCUCUCUUUCUCUCGCGCUGAGCUACAUCAACCGUUACUAAUAUGUCAACGGACCUGCUUACCAUGUAUUUUGUUUAAAUAAAAGAUUUUGUCGCCAUAGAGAUUCGAUCUCCAGUCAGCCUAGUAGGCAUGCGUACAGAGCCAUGACUCUACCAACAUAGCUAAACUAGGCUAAGUAAUAUAUAAGAUUUCAAAUGGAAUAUAUACAUUUUGAAUAUUGAUCAAAAUGUAAACAAGAGAUCUUAAAACGCACUGAGUGAGUGAAAAAAAAAUACUCCACCAAUUUAAAAAUGAAAUGCAAAUCUACACUCAAAAUGAACUAGAAAUAAAAUCGCAAGGAAUUGAAUAAUAGUCAGUCAUCUAUAAACCACUGGAGUAACUCGUUGUAAUUUCACCUUAAAUCAUGAAGAUAACUAUUUUGAUCGUUUUGUUUUUUGGAGUGAUUGCAUUUGGCAGUAAAUUUUCCAAAGAUAAUGUAAACUUCUACAUAAUACAAAGCGAACAUAGUACACAUAAAUUAAAAUUAAAAUUAAGCAAAAUGCCAGAACUUCUAUCUGAAUUGGUAGCCAUUCAAUCAAUUACUGGAAAUGUUUAACUUUACUUUUGAAAUGCAAAAUAAAAUGAAUCGAAUCGAAACCAUGUAAUCGCCUGUGCAGGUUUUGAGAUUCGAAGUUUAUCGGAUGUUACAAAAAUUCCGCCAGAAUAAUACCGUACUCUUUUAUUUUUGCUAUGUUCUUUUGCUUUCAAUUCCUCCAUACUUGCACACGGGUAUCCAGCAAUCCGUUCUUCCAUAUUGAUAAUGCGUAGAUAGAAAUUAACUGCUUUUAAAUGUGAACAUAUCCAGUCUAGGCAUGGGAACUGGCGCUUUUCACCAUUUAUGUAGAAAUCAGAGUGUCCGAUGAAUUCGAACAUACCUAUGUGAAGUACAAAAUUUGAUUAAUUUCUAUUUUUGUCAUUUGUUUUACGAGUAAAAGUGGGAAUCGGAUAAAAUAAAUAAUGUCCGUUUAUAUAUCCGCAAAUGUUGUCGUCUCAAAACUUGCGGGCAAACGUGUAGUCAAUAUUUUUGGUCCAGAUUUGUCCAAUUCCCAUCUUUACAUACGAGAGAGUAAGAAAAUAAAAGAAGAUUUUACCGAAGCCACCCCCAUUUGUAUGGAUGUUUUUGACCCAUUCUGCAUCCUUAUUGCAGAUUCUUUCACUACAUGCCUUGUUAUUGAAACACGGACCGGCUGGAUCUAACGCUGUUAUCCAAGGCAAUUUUAAUCCACUAUCUUGCAAAUAUUUGCCUGUAAAUCCGGCCACAUGUGCACCAACGCUGUGACCUAUUAUUUUUUUUUUUUUUUUUCAUUUUUAGUAGUCCAUUUUCAAUAGCUGAUGCGAUAAAACUGGCAAUCGCGUCCCCGACUAUUUUCGUAUUUCCGUAAUAGUAGUUAUCAAAAGGCCAACCAAUGCCGAUUAGAUUUACUCUUUGUGGUUUACUAAAAUAGGCUAAAGAUAUUUUUUAGUUAGAUUAAUUUAAAACAAUUUUGUGUUAUAGGCUUUGGCCGAAACAGUCACCCAAACCAGUCAAUAAGUUAACUCAAGUUAACUUACAAUUGUUCCAAAAUAACAUGCUCUUACCACGUUUGAAGUCUUUUAAAAACCAUGGUCCUGAUACCCACCCAUGGAUAAAAACUAUGCACUCAAUUUCAACAUUAAAAUUUAUUUCUUCAAGUUUCUGGGAUUCAUUGUAUUUUAAUUUAUGUGUACUAUGUUCGCUUUGUAUUAUGUAGAAGUUUACAUUAUUUUUGGAAAAUUUACUGCCAAAUGCAAUCACUCAAAAAAAAACAAAAGGAUCAAAAUAGUUAUCUUCAUGAUUUAAGGUGAAAUUACAACGAGUUACUUCAGUGGUUUAUAGAUGACUGACUAUUAUUCAAUUCCUUGCGAUUUUAUUUUUAGUUCAUUUUGAGUGUUGCGUUGUGUAAACCGCUAUGAUUCAGCCGAAUUCUACUGCGUAUAAAAGAAAUAGCGAGUACGUCACUGUGCGUUCUCGGUUCUCAUACAAUUCGUAGCCGCUGUCCACACACUUCGUUCGCAUACGGCUCACCCAUACAUAUAAACACAUAUUUUGAGAAUAAAUAAUGAAUUCAUAAAUUUCGCAAAUACUGCUUUGAACUCCUCACCUCUUUUGUCUACAAUCUGUAGUGGACAGAUUUGCAUUUCAUUUUUAAAUUGGUGGACUAUUUUUUUUUACUCACUCAGUGCGUUUUACGAUCUUUUGUUUACAUUUUGAAAGCUUAGUAGUUUUUUUUUUUACUUUGAAUGCAUGAACAUAUGAAAAUACAUUGGCACACUCAAAACGAAUCCAACAACAAAAUACAUGGUUCAAGCAUGUUCGUUGCCAUAUGAAUUUACAUGCUCGAAACGAACAUAUGAAAAUAUGAUAACAGAAACGCAUAUAUAGAGCAUUGGUUUUUGGCUAUACUACUGACAUUCUCCUUAAUUUCAUGUGUCCCUUUUUCGCGCCGCUUCAGUUCCGAAAUCAAUAAAUCUCUAAUGCAUAUUUCAGUUGAAUAAAAACAGAGAAAUAAUUAGCAAAUAUUUAGUCCAAACUUGUAGAAAGCCAACAAAUCAAUAUUGCACACUGAAAUUCCGAGCACUGGUCACCAACAUUCAUAUAUAUAUAUAUAUAUAUACAUAGAGAACAAAUAUUUACAACACUAAAUCCAAUGAAAUCGAAUUUAAAUUUUUCAGAGCGUUUUGCCCUGCUACCGAUUAUCUGUAUCUUAGAACGACUAAAAUAAAAAUUGAUAUUUUUUUUAGAUAGGCCAUAAUCAACGCGUAUUACUUUCAAAGUGGCGACUUAGUUAAUUCAAACACAUACGAAAUGCAUUUAUGGCUCCGACUAAAUUAUAAAUUGAUUGGAAUUUGUGCGUGGUAGGAUUUUUGAGUAUAUAUCGACGGCGGCAACGACGACGAUGUGGAAAUGUGCAAAAAUCAGUGUGUCCAUAACAUAUAGAAAUAGCAUAGUAUCGAUAUCUAUACUAUAUCGGUGCACUAUAUAUGGAAGAUAUUUCCGCAAGACACCGUAACUCACGAUCGAAGUGAGUGCGGACGGCAAACAUGUUGACAGUUCUUUCUACUGCCGCACGGCAACUUGUGAUUUUUGCCGUCUGCACUCACUUCGAUCGGGCGAUACGGUGCCUUGCCACAAUAUCUUCCAUAUAGUGGACCGAUAUAGUGUAGAUAUCGACACUAUUUAGUGCUACUUCUAUGUAUUAUGGACACACUGGCAAAAAUUGACGUUGUAAUUUUACUAAAAUUAUUUUAGUGUCUCCUCAUACUAUAGUAUUUAAAUAUACACAAUAUGAAACAAUUGAAAAAAAAAACAAUGAAACAACUAUUUAUUAUUAUAAAAAUUAUUGUGUAAACACAUGAUAUUUACAUCAAAAUAUAUAAACUAAAAUGAACAUACAAUAUCUUAACCAAAUCUAAAUUUAACAAAACAAAAUAAUAAAAGACAUAUAUAUAUCGAUUGAAUCGGCGAAAAAACAAAACUUUCUGGGGAAUAAACAAAAACUCUAAUUUAACUAUUUUUUGUAUUACGAACAUAUAUUUUGCAAAUGAAAAACCAAUUUUAUGUAACCCAGAUUAUCUAUAUUGAUAUAUAUAUUCUAUCUUAAAACACACACACACACACCACAAACUAUAUUUUAGAGAAUCAACAGAACUAAAUCUGAAUCAAAACCUACUAUUAACUAUAAAAAGAACAGCAGAAAUUUUUUUUUAAUUAAUAACAUAAAAAAUAUAUUCACUUAACACACUAAUUGGAACUCAAGUCUUGAGUCAACCACAAAUGAGAUGAAUUGAAUGUGAAAUUAUAAAUUAUCUGUAUAUGUGUGCAUUAAAUAAUUAAAAAAAAAAACACAAAUAGAAGUGUGAUCACAAUAAUGGCGCGGACUUUUUUUUGAAACAGAUGCUUUUAAAUGUGAAAAAUGGCACAAACUCACUCAUAGUCGAAAUUGAGGCUGGAAAAUCGUUCAAUUGAUGUAAACAUUUGUGAAAGAAAGACGCAUUCAUGCAUGUGGUAAUAAAAAACGGAAACAAUGUCUAAAAAAAGAGAGAAAAGAUUUCAUGGUUAUUGCCAAGGUCGAUUUUCCAGCCGCAUUAUCAUAUUUUUGGUGACUUAACAUUUGACUCAUCGUCAAUUUUUGCAACAUCAAUCCAAAUAAAAAUUUAAAAAGUCUUUUUCCAUUUAAAACAUACCAAAUACAAAUAUGUCCUAUUCAGACCAUAAAACACAAUAAACAUAAAUGUUCAAGAACAUCAACAGCAACAAAUUUAACCAUGAAUGUAGUGUUAUGAAUGUACGUUCAAAGAAAAAUAUAUUGAAAUAAAAAAAACACUAUAGAAUAAGACACUACGUAAAUUUGAUGAUGAUAGAGAACACAAAAAUGGAUCGUUUCAAUGGCAAAUUAUAUUUAUUAAUAUAUUUUCAAUAGUUCAUUUUUUUUCAUAUACAAAACUAAAUAUCUUCAUAUUACAAAUAUAAUAUAUGUAUUAGAAACGAACGAAGAAUAGAUAAAGAUAUGUAUACACAUCAGAGAAUAGCGUUCACAACAAAAAAAAGUAGUCAUGUUAAAUGAGACCGAUUUUAGAAAGGCAUUUUCUAUCCGCAACGAACAACAAAAAUAUAUUGAAUUAUCACUAGCAUCUUCCAUCGGUUAGUGUGUGUUAGUGAUGAUACGCGUGUGUGAUCAAAUGAUAUUUUGGUAUUGUGUGUGCGAAUGUGUUUGAAUCGAUGAUUUGCCGGCCAAACACUGUUUUCAUAGCCAAUAAGUUGAAAAUCUCGAGGACAAUAUAUGACAACAACAAAAAAAAACAUAUGCGAAACAUAUAUAAAAUAUCCGACGAAUGACUUGUAUUGUAUUAUUUAGAAAUGAACUGAGAAAAUUGACAUUAAAAAAAAUCAUUUACAAUAAAUAAACCAUUGAUCCAACAAAAAUUUAACAUGUA